UUAGUACUGCCCUACACAACCCUCCCCACGUCCACAAAACAAACACCUUUCUCUCUCUCUCUCUCUCCUCUCGUAGUCUCUCAAGUGUCAUUUUCUCACAUAUACUUCACACAAAAGAAACAGCCAUUCACUUCAUACCUUGUCAUUUCUCUCUCUCUCUCUCCACUCAAUCUCAAAUCUCUGCAACUACUCCUCUUAAAUUGAUCCAAAGCCCAUUCCUAAAGAAAACCCAGAAAUCUAAUUACCUGAAACUUUCUAAACCCUUUUGUACAAGUCAUCCAUAUUCUUUAAUCCAUAGAACCCUUGACCCACUUCAUCAUUUUUCUUGCUCCCUGACUUUAAAUAUACUCUUGUUGCCCUAUCUCAAGGAAAAACAGUAGCAAGAACAAAAGAUUAGAGUUAGAGAUAAGAAGACCUAAUCAACUAGAAGGGUUUUCUUUUUCCAGUUACUUAGUGAUGGAACUGUUCCCUGCACAGCCUGAUUUAUCUCUUCAAAUUAGCCCACCAAACAGUAAACCCACAUCAACAUGGAGAAGAACAGAAGAAGAAAUAGAUUUGGGAUUUUGGAAGAGAGCUUUGGACUCAAGAGCAAGACCCGAUAGUAGCUGUUUUGAGCUUUCUUUAUCAAAUCCAAGGAUUUCAGAGUCCUCUAAACAUUUUCACCUUCUUCAAAAUAGUAACAAUUAUAAUGGUACCAAUCUCUUUAAUUCCUUCCAACAAAACCAGUAUCCACAUCACCAACAGCCAAAAAGCCACCUUCUUCAUCAACAUAGUCCCCACUUUCAGCAACAGCAGCACCACCAACAACAACAGCCAGGGCUAAGCCAAGACCUUGGUUUCUUGAGACCCAUUAGAGGGAUUCCCGUAUACCAAAACCCACCUACUACUCCUCCUUUUCCAUUCUCUCAUCCACAAACUUUAGAUAAUAGUUGUUCGCAAACUUCUUCUUUGGCUACUAAUAACUCGACCACCACAAACAUAGGCCACUUUCAGUCUCAAGGAUUGAUGAGAUCAAGGUUGAUGUCAAGGUUUCCAGCUAAAAGAAGCAUGAGAGCACCAAGGAUGCGGUGGACUACUACUCUUCAUGCUCGUUUUGUUCAUGCUGUUGAGCUAUUAGGCGGCCAUGAAAGAGCUACACCCAAGUCAGUUCUUGAGCUCAUGGAUGUGAAAGAUCUCACCUUGGCGCAUGUUAAAUCUCAUUUACAGAUGUAUCGAACUGUAAAGACAACCGAUAGAGCAGCAGCUUCUUCAGGACAAUCAGAUAUAUUUGAUAAUGGAUCAUCUGGAGAUACGUCUGAAGAUUUGAUGUUUGAGAUUCAAAACUCAAGGAGGUCUGAUAUAUCAAUGCAGCAGGGAAGACCGAACGGUCACCACGACAAGGAUUAUCAAGGUCUCUGGAGCAAUUCAUCCAGCAGGGAAGCUUGGUUGCAUGUGAAAUCAAAGGAUUCUUGUGGAAACUUAACAUCUCUUGAGAAGGACAUGGAUCCAAAGUGCCUAAGCAGCUAUGAAAAAAUGUCAGAUGUAAGCUCAUCAAUUGUAUCAGGAACUAGCCCAAAGAAGCCUAACUUGGAGUUCACAUUGGGCAGGUCACACUGAUAAAAUUUAAUAAAUAUAUAUAUGAUAAUAUUAUUUAUAUAUAUUCAACUGUGUAGAUGAUUAUAUAUAUAUAUAUAUAUAUAUAUAUAUAUAUAUAUAUAUAUAUAUAUAUAUAUAUAUAUAUAUAUCUGAUGAAGAAAGGGCAUAGCAUUAGCUAGCUGAUGAAGAGAAUCAGGUGCCCAGCUGAGAAAAUCAGAGAGAAAAAGAAAGGAAAAGAAAACAAAAGAAAAAAGAGAGAAAAAGAGAAAGAGAAAGAGAGCUAAAGAAAGACAAGGAGACAAGAAAGACAGAAAGCAACAAAAGGAGAAAUAGUGGAAAAAGCAUGUCUUUCCUGUCAAGCUUGUUGAGAUCCAAAUCAACAUAUUAUAUUCCUACGUAAAUAUGAAAUCUAAUUGAUUUUGUAUGCUGUGUACUAUUCAGAGAAAGAAAAAGAAAGAGAGAGAGAGAAAGAAGGAAAACAAAAAAUAGAGAGAGAGAGAGAGAGAGAGAGAGAGAGAGAGAGAAGUGAUCCUUGGUAACUGUAAUGGAGCACUUUUACAUUUAUAAGAUUAUUUUUGUAAUUUUACCAAA